AUGAUUAGUAAAAGUUAUCGUGAAGCACCUGCGGCUAAAGAUCCAGUUGAUAAAUUAAGGCUUUUGUGCCUGGCAAGAGGAGCGAGUGGAAUUUUAGGUUUGGGAAGAAUGUUUCGCCGCAUGGACGACGACGGAAAUAAAAGUUUAAACUUGAAAGAAUUCGUAACGGGAAUGAACCAUACUCAAAUAGGUUUAACGGAAGACGAGGCCAAAGAAAUCUUCAAGAGAUUCGACACGAACAACAGCGGUUCGAUUAACAUGGAUGAAUUUUUAAAAGCCAUAAGGCCGCCCAUGUCGCAAAGCCGUAUGAAAUUAAUCAAAGAAGCUUUUGUUAAAAUGGAUAAGACGGGUGAUGGCGUCAUCACUGGAGAAGAUCUUAAAAAUAGUUUUUGCGUUAAAUCUUAUUCGAAAUAUUUAAGCGGAGAGGAAACGGAAGAUCAAAUAUUUCAAAAAUUUUUAGCCAAUUUUGAAAAAGACAAUACAAAAGAUGGAAAAGUAACCGAAGAAGAAUUCAUUAAUUAUUACGCUGGAGUAAGUGCUUCCAUCGACGAAGACAUUUAUUUUGAUUUGAUGAUGAGAAAAGCAUAUACUUUGUAA